AGCUGAUCUACAUUUCCCCUUUACUGCAUGUAAACAAACUAACAUAUGUUUUUAGGGUAAAAUAAAAUGAAUUGGCAAUACUUAUAUGACAUAACCUCUUAAUAAGUCGUAUAAAAACUAAGUGGAAAUACAUAAGUUGGUAAUACAAGAUGCUAAGAAAGCUUAGUCCAAUUGUGCCGCGUCUACUAUGCAAUAAUGCUGUAGCUGCCUUAAAUAAAACAACAACACAGCAUUACAGCGAUGGCCGUAGUGUAUAUGAACCGGACUAUUUGGAGUCUUUGAAACCGCAGUAUCCACAAUAUUCCUGUCUCAACGUACAAAUGAAGGGUUAUGAUUUUCCAGUACUUGAGAGCUAUCAACGUUACGUACAUAGCAUUGCGGAAUACCUAGAUAUUGAUGUUUCCGAUUGUUACGCUUUGCCACCACAAACCACACAAGUACAAAGAUUGCGUCCCAACUCCGCCGUUGUGGAUGCCGAAUACAAGCUGACAAUGUAUGAACGCAACCUGCAAAUCAACGAUGUGAACGCACCUGUGUAUCCGGUAUUUUUGCGCUUAGCACAAGCCGCUUUGCCCGAAGGUGUGCAGUUGAGUGUACAAGAACACUCUGAUGAGUUUGAGGAGCGUCGCUAUGUACCCGAUCGAGAUUUGUUAGACUUGAAAGCAGAAUUGGAACGCAUGCAAGCAGGGGGUGUGGGUGGUCCCAAAAAGAAAUAAUUACAAAAUGUCGUGGGUUUUCUUUCUGUUUACGUUACGUACAUGCAUAUAUUUGUGGCAUUCACAUGAUUUACACAAACUAAAGUGAAUAAAAAUACUAAAUUCAGCUUAAUAACUAAA